UCCUAACUUAACUACGAGUCAAACUGGUCGUAUCAAUCUAACUUCAUCUUCCAAGUUCCAACCCAAUGAGAGAAAUAACAUUUCCCUGAUGUGUCAGUUAUAAAUUCAUCACAAAGUUUUGACUUUGAACUCUCAACACUGAUGUAUUUUGCUUCCAUGCAGUAUCUCUUUAUCUUGACAUGGAUUUGAAGCUGUCUUUCUCUGGUUCUAUCCUUUUAAGCAGGUUUGAGUCUAUGCAGCUAAUUAUCUGAAUCAUACAAGACUCUAUGCUAAAUGUUAAGAUUUUGGAGUAAGUAUUAUAGCAAUUUUAGAAGAUGGCUGGUGGUAAAAGGAAAAGGCAACAAAACUUGAGCAGAAUCCAUUCAUUCUCUUGUGGGAAAACUUCAUUUAGAGGUGAGCACUCACUUAUAGGAGGCCCUGGCUUCUCAAGGAUAAUCUACUGCAACGAACCAGGACUUAGUGAAGGGAGUGUUUUGAAUUAUGGUGACAAUUAUGUCAGAACUACCAAAUAUACACUAGCUACUUUCCUCCCAAAAUCAUUAUUUGAGCAAUUCAGGAGGGUGGCCAAUUUUUACUUCCUUAUCUGUGCAAUCUUGUCUUUCUUCCCGGUCUCUCCUUACUCGGCCGUCAGCAAUGUUGUUCCUCUUGUUGCUGUGGUUACUGCUACAAUGGGAAAGGAGGCUGUUGAGGAUUGGAGGCGGCGAAAGCAGGAUAUUGAGAUGAAUAAUAGAAAGGUUAAAUUGCAUCAUGGUGAAGGUGUUUUUGACUAUUCUAAAUGGAGAGAUUUGAAAGUUGGAGACAUAGUAAGGGUGGAAAAAGAUGAAUUUUUCCCAACUGAUCUCAUCUUACUUUCAUCGAGCUAUGACGACGCAAUUUGCUAUGUUGAGACUAUGAAUCUUGAUGGCGAAACAAAUCUUAAACUGAAACAAGCACUGGAAGAAACCUCCAAGUUACAAGAAGACUCUAGCUUUCAAAAUUUCAAAGCUAUCAUCAAAUGUGAAGAUCCAAAUGCAAAUUUGUACUCUUUCAUAGGAAAUAUGGAACAUGAAGAUCAGAUAUGUCCUCUUGCACCGCAACAGCUACUGCUUAGGGACUCAAAGUUGAGAAACACAGAUUUCAUAUAUGGUGUUGUAAUUUUUACAGGACAUGAUACAAAGGUUAUGCAGAAUUCUACAGAGCCUCCUUCCAAGAGAAGCACGGUUGAGAAACGAAUGGAUAAGAUCAUCUACUUUCUUUUCUUUGUCUUAUUUUCCCUUUCUUUUAUUGGUUCCAUUUUCUUCGGGAUCGCGACAAGGGAAGACCUUGAAAAUGGAGUAAUGAAGAGAUGGUACCUCAGACCAGAUGAUACCACAAUUUACUAUGAUCCAAAGAAUGCACCAGUUGCGGCAAUGCUGCAAUUCUUGACUGCACUUAUGUUGUAUAGUUACUUGAUUCCCAUAUCUUUGUAUGUCUCCAUCGAAAUUGUGAAAGUUCUUCAAAGCAUUUUCAUCAACCAGGAUGUGCACAUGUAUUAUGAGGAAACUGACCAGCCAGCACAAGCUCGUACCUCAAAUUUGAAUGAAGAACUUGGCCAAGUCGAUACUAUACUUUCGGAUAAAACAGGAACUUUGACUUGCAACUCUAUGGAAUUUAUCAAGUGUUCUAUUGGCGGGAUCGCCUAUGGACAAGGAGUUACUGAAGUUGAGAGAGCUCUAGCAAGGAGAAAAGGAUUACCUUCAGGUCAAGAGUCAACCGAAGAUGGCAAUGUUGCAGAAAUUUCUGAAACAAAAUCAUCUAUCAAAGGUUUUAACUUCAUGGAUGAAAGGAUCAUGAACGGAAACUGGGUUAAAGAACCUCAUGGCGAUGUAAUACAGAACUUCCUGCGGUUGUUGGCAGUAUGCCAUACUGCAAUCCCUGAAGUUGAUGAAGAAACUGGUAAAGUUUCAUAUGAAGCAGAAUCACCUGAUGAGGCAGCUUUUGUAAUUGCAGCCAGAGAACUUGGAUUUGAGUUUUAUGAAAGGAAACAGACUACUAUUUCACUGCGAGAAUUCAAUUCCAUAUCAGGAAAGAUAAUUGAAAGGUACUACGAACUUUUAAAUGUAUUAGAGUUUAGUAGUGCGAGAAAGCGGAUGUCUGUAAUUGUAAGAGAUGAGAAGGGAAAACUACUACUACUUAGCAAAGGCGCUGACAGUGUCAUGUUUGAACGACUUGCAAAGUAUGGAAGGGAGUUUGAAGAGAAGACUAAGCAGCACAUCAACGAAUAUGCUGAUGCUGGUUUGAGGACUUUGGUACUUGCAUAUCGUGAACUCGAUGAGGAGGAGUACAAUCUAUUUAAUGAGGAAUUCAUGGAAGCCAAGAACAUUGUGAGUGCUGAUAGGGAUCAGAUUGUAGACGAAAUAGCAGAAAAGAUUGAGAAGGAUUUAAUUCUUCUUGGCGCUACAGCAGUUGAGGACAAACUUCAACAUGGGGUGCCUGAAUGCAUUGACAAGCUAGCACAGGCAGGAACUAAGCUAUGGGUUUUGACUGGUGAUAAAAUGGAAACAGCAAUCAAUAUUGGGUUUGCAUGUAGUUUACUCAGACAAGGAAUGAAGCAAAUUAUAAUUAAUUCAGACACUCCAGAAACCAAAUCACUGGAGAGAGUGGAGGACCAGUCUGCUGCUGCAGAGGCAAUUAAGGCAAGUGUUCUUCAUCAAUUAAGGGAAGGAAAGGCAUUACUUGCGGCAUCUGAUGAAAACUCUGAGGCUUUAGCUCUGAUCAUUGACGGAAAAUCUUUGACUUUUGCUCUAGAAGAUGAUGUAAAGGACUUGUUUCUUGCGCUUGCCGUUGGUUGUGCAUCUGUCAUAUGCUGUCGUUCAUCUCCCAAGCAGAAAGCACUUGUUACUAGACUAGUAAAGAUGAAAACAGGCAGUACUACUCUAGCAAUUGGUGAUGGGGCAAAUGAUGUUGGAAUGCUCCAAGAAGCAGAUAUUGGGAUUGGUAUCAGCGGUGUCGAAGGAAUGCAGGCUGUUAUGUCAAGUGAUGUUGCAAUUGCCCAAUUCCGCUUUCUAGAGCGUUUACUUCUUGUGCAUGGACAUUGGUGCUACAGAAGAAUCUCAUCAAUGAUCUGCUACUUCUUUUACAAGAACAUUGUUUUUGGCUUCACUCUGUUCUUCUAUGAGAUCUAUGCCUCAUUCUCAGGGCAAGCUGCAUAUAAUGAUUGGUUCCUAUCACUAUAUAAUGUAUUCUUCACUUCUCUUCCUGUAAUUGCUCUGGGAGUGUUUGACCAGGAUAUCUCUGCUAGAUUAUGUCUCAAGUUUCCAUUAUUAUAUCAAGAAGGAGUACAAAAUGUCCUAUUUAGCUGGAAAAGGAUCCUUGGUUGGGCAUUCAAUGGAGUCUUGAGCGCUACCAUAAUAUUCUUCUUCUGCAUAGACGCAAUGGAGAAUCAAGCGUUCCGCAAAGGCGGUGAAGUUGUUGGGCUGGAAGUUCUUGGCGCCACCAUGUACACUUGUGUUGUGUGGGUGGUGAAUUGCCAAAUGGCAUUAUCUAUCAGUUACUUCACUUACAUACAACAUUUACUCAUCUGGGGUGGUGUUCUUUUCUGGUAUAUUUUCUUCCUAGCAUAUGGAGCCAUGGACCCAACCUUAUCAACCACUGCCUACAAGGUCUUUGUUGAAGCUUGUGCUCCUGCACCAUCUUACUGGCUCAUCACUUUGCUUGUGCUUGUUGCUUCCCUCUUUCCGUAUUUCGUCUACGCUUCGAUCCAAAUGCGGUUCUUCCCAAUGUUCCAUCAAAUGAUACAGUGGAUACGAAAUGAUGGGCAAGAAAGUGAUCCAGAAUAUGCUAAUAUUGUACGACAGAGAUCAAUAAGACACACAACAGUUGGUUUUACAGCUCGUUUCAAAGCAUCCAAGAGUUGAGGGCUGAAAACCAUUAACAAGCAAUGUAUAUUUUUAGUUUUGUUGUGUCGAAAACUCUUAAUCUGAAGAUAGACAUAAGUUUGUAAUAUGUUAGUUCUUAGGUAGAGAGGGAUCUUCUUUAUCAAGAGACACAUUUUAACGAGACAAACUAUUAGGUAUCUGAGGCCUGGAUAUUUUGUCAGAAAAUAAUGAAAAAUUUAGGUUGCUACAAGAUCAGAUAAAAGUUAUAGUCAAUAAUGUAUCAUUGUAUAUUUGUUGUAGAACAGAGGAAAAGUACGUUCAUCAGAAACAAUCUUCCAUGUGCUCAAAUUUUACAGUGAAAAAAAAAAAUUGAGAGACAAGGUGUCCUGAAUG